AGGCUGCUUAUUUAGUUCGAUAUUAUUCAGAGGACAGAUAUUGUCGUUUUAACUAGCUGUUUUGAUGAAAGAGAAAUUCAAUAUAAUAUCUUAUAAUUGUCAUUAGUUUUUAAAAGAUUAUUUUGAUUGAUUGUAAAUAUUUCUUACUAUGAUUGGCAAGAAAAUGGCGGCUAGCUUUCGGAUGUCCAUGGGCGUUGUUCUACUCAUCCUAACUGAAGGGUUUGCCAACAUCGUAGUUGAGAAAGAUAUUAUUUGGCUAGAAAGAGCAAUCGGUGAGAACGGUGAUGAACUGAAAAUUGGCGAAGCGGACCAGGGUGAAUGCUUUUCUACCAACAUCCAGUCUGUAAUUUGCAAUCCAUAUUCAAACUGGGAGGACCAGAAGGAAUUCCUCACUAGAGUUUACAAACUGCCAGACAACCCCAAUGGAGCUUCCAUGGAAAUGCAAGUGAAAGACUAUUUCUUUGCUGUGAAACGAGAUCUAUGGAGAUGUGGAGCGCAAGGGGAUUCAAAUAAUGAAAUUUGGCAAAUGGAAGUUGAGUUAAUGGGUAUCAAAGAGAUAGCGAGCAUUCAAUAUCACAAGGAUUAUGAUGUGAGUACAAAGUACUAUUUGAGUGAUGCUAAACAUAAAAGAAGAACCGCUUGGGUUGAAGGAGCUACUUACUACAAAAAAAUUCGAACUGCAAAUGGCGAUCUUAAGACAAGCAGAUGCAAGUAUGAGGGUGAAUGGACAAUAGGGGUUUCAAAACCUGACCUGGGAUACUGGUUUCUUGACACAACUGAUCGAACUGGAACUGUAAGGAAUGAGUUAAAGAGUUCUGAUCAGGCAAUGAUAGAUCUUUCUACAGAUGCAAAUCUGCCCACCAUAUGGAUCGGAAAAAAAUUCGAUAAAUACGAAAAUCAGAAAAGGAAACUUGGUAAAGAAGACACAAAGGCAAGAUGUAGGAGAGAGCAGGGCGUUAAGCCAACACCAACAAGAUUCUACACCAAAGUCAAGGUGCAAACAGGAACAGCUGCAGGCGGCGACCCUGUCUGGAAGUCCCUGACAGGGGAAGAGCAACUCCAAUACAUCAUUCCACUCGAGCAGCAAGUUUGGAAGUGUAGUGAAUACUCUAUAGGAAGAUCCUUGGAGAAGGAGACCUACUCAUUCUAUAGAAUAGUGAACAAGAUGGUGAGCAGAGUGCCACUCUACAGAGUGCAGUUUGGCUUCACUGUGGUCGAGGCACAUAAGACCAUUCUGCCCUUGGACAUCACUGACGAACUCACAAAAUAUGGUUUCAAAAUCACAGAAAUAGUCUACCGAUUUUCAUUGACUCACAGGUCUAUGAAUUACCUUGGAUCGUUGGAGCUUCUUGAAGAUGACGUAUCAGCGAAGGACGAUCCACAACGUGAAGUGUCCUACUAUCUGCAACCGAAAGUAGUGUACGAAACAUUUAUUGGAAAGAGAGGAUUCGAUCUGAGAGUCGGCUCCAGACUGGUUGGAUUUGGUCAGGAUGGAAGAGGUCGAAUUGGAUCACGUGAUACCCUUGCUAGGUGUAAAAAGAAAGAAGGUGCAGAGUACAAUAAAGCAUUCGAUACUCAAAUAAAACUGGUUACUAGUAUUGGAAAUGGAGCCUUCGGAACUAGUCGAAUUCAAAAAUACAUGGAACCUGAGUAUUUUACAUACAUUACUAGAACAGUUGCUGACUGUUCUUUCAUAGUACAAGAGAAAGAGGAGCCAAUAAAGAAAUAUUUCAUCAGAAUUAUGAAUGUGAUUGAGAUUCGGGUUGCAGUGCGAACGAUCCAGACCUAUGACACAAUUAGUGUAGCUUUCACCUCCAGACCCAACAAUGAAAAGGCGGUUAGAAUAGUUGAAAUCAAAUACCUGGACCCUGAAUAUGAUUAUAGUGUGGGACGCUAUGAUGGGAAAGUAGAUUUUUCAUCUGGAGACCUUGAAGCACCUAAAGUCCAGUUUAGUGUCUACGAAGUGAAAAGAACAAAUGAUGAUAUUACUCGUAUCGUUGGUCCAUAUCAAUGGGGGCCUCUGAGCCUCAAGUAUUUCGAUUAUUCGGACCAAGAACAGAAACGCCAAGUUGGAAAUGGUGAAUAUGACUUGACGAUCGGAUCCAGAGGAUCACUUAUCGAGACAAUGGGAGGAUUGACUGAGACCAGUGCUGCCCGGUGUUCCAAUAUCCAGGGGAGGACGAGCAUCCAAGAAUACUCUCAAUUUACUCUAACUAGUAUUAGCAAAGAAAAGAAAAGAAAAUCUGAGAAGAAAGCUGCUGACGAAGUGAAGGUGCAAGAUAUGAUCGUAUUCGAAUGGGAGAGGUUAUGGAAAUGCACAGUACAUGGAACGACGCCAGAUAAUAACCCGAUCACUUUCUACUUUGUCGAAAAUGAGGUGAAAAUCACGGAUAAUGGUAUGUCGAAAUUGCGUUAUGUAAAAUACUACAACGGGGACCGCCUAUCCCCUUUUGAAUCAGAGGAUGGUCAGAAAGGGUAUCGAAUCAGGAGGUCCUACUUCUUGGAUAAGAUCGAUGAGGACCCCACAGCCCCACCAAAAGUCUUCAAAUAUUCUGGUUAUAUUGUUAAGGAAGAGAGAAGAAAGAACACCACGCUUUUCAAAAGCGGUACGGAACAGAUCAUGGGGAAAUCUAAAUAUAUAAAGAGAGUCUAUGAAGAGAAGCGUGGGUUCCACCUGGAAAGUGGAGGGUUCAUCUAUAAGACUUUCAUCAAUGACGAAGGCAUUACUCUGAAACUGGGAGUCUCAAGAUGGGAAGGAAUCAUAUCAUCAUCUCACAUAACUGGAAUGCAGUGCGUCGAGAAACAGAAACGCAAACUUCAGGGUCAGGAGUUCUCUAUACAUGCCUUCGAGCACUUCAACACUUUUUUCAGAACCGAAGUCAGUGAGUUGGGUGGCAGAGAAAAUGUAUUCGACAAUUAUUUCAAAAGUUUGAAACAAGAAUAUUGGGAGUGUACACCUAAAAGUGUUAGCACGUCCGCAAGUGCAGAAGAACGAGAAAUGAUGAUGAUUAGAAUUGUGAACCAGUUCUCUGUAAAACCGCAUCAUUGCAAUACGAUCAAGGAGAUGCAUCACUAUGAUGGAUUCACGUUUAUGGUAGGAGAAGCCAAAGCUGGCAUGCCUGGCUGCAUGGAAAUCAACGAAAUCAAAUAUUUGAGACAGCUAAGGGCGGGGGAGUGCGAUGAAGACAGGGUGGGCGAGCUAAUAGCCACUAAAUAUGAAGGGGAAAUCACAUUAAUUGAUGAGAAAGGUGGAGAAGUAUUACCCACAGUUGCAGCUGUCAGACUGAAGAAUGUGGCGAGGAAGGAUACAAUGUAUUUGCUACCUGAGGAUGGAGAGAAGACAGUAUUCAGAAAAGUGUUGGCUCCGAUUGGCAUCGUUGUGGCUGUCGGUACACCGUUUAACAGUGUCUUCACAACAGAACAAUACAAGCAAACCACAACAGAAAUGAGAAAAUCUAUUUUCAAGUGUGGAGAAAUGUCCACUACAGAAAAGGAAGGAUUGAAGAAGGAAUCUUCGGCAACUAAGCUGAAUAUAAGGGCUUAUCUGUCUGAAGAUAAAAUUGAUCUAUACGAAAAAACCCCUAACCACAAUGAUUAUUUCGAUCUAAAUGUGAUAAAUCAGAGGUGCUCGGCCAUUAAAAAUGAAAGUCUUAGUGACGAUGAAAAAAGCUUUUACCGCACCAUCGGUGUUUACACAUCGAAAGAUAACAUUGUUGUGUCAAGUGUUUUCCAUACGGAUGGAGUGAAGGUACAUAAAUCCAAUGCUGAUCAGCAAAUCGAGCACAUAAUUUACUACGACACUCAUUAUCAGCGAAUUAGAUUUGACGGAUUUAUUGCUGACGAGGGACUAUCCACUUCAAGUAUACAUCAUAGCAUAAGGAAUUCUACAGAGUGAAGAAUGAAAUGAUCGAUGCGACACAAAUUUACAGGAUACAUGGCAUUUAUUAUCAUGACGGCAUAACAAUCUUCAAGCAAUUCUAUCCAAUUAAAUAUGGUCGUGAUCAAUUGGAUUUAACACCAUCAAUGCGCAUCAUUGAAGUAAAAUAUUUACAACGCCAUGCUAAUAAUGUAUAUAAAGUCGUUAGAUAUGAUGGUGAAAUUCGUGUUGUAUCAGAAAUCGACAAAAAUAUUAUAACAUGGUUUCAAAUGCCCUCUGUACUCAAGGAAUACCCUAUGUAAG